ACCGUCGUUCGACCCCAUGGAUCAACAUCCGGUAAAUGUGAAAGCAUGAAAAUGUACAGAAGACAGCUUCGCUUGCUUAGAAACAUACUAUAUCUCAGGGAAAAUUCACGUGUGAAAGUAAAUGAAGCAAGACAAGUUCACGGUUUUGGUGAUAGCAGGGGUGGAGAUGGUGGACACAGUGAUGAUAUGGCAUUUGAUGCUAAUAUUCGCGAUAAGACCGUUUCCACUAAAGAAGUGAUAUCGGAUAAGAGAAUAAAAAGAAAAGCAUUUGUAAAUGCCAGAUUCCCUAUUUUAUUAUUUCCCGGACAAGGAAGCCAAUUUGUCGGCAUGGGUAAGAAAGCUCUACAUUACCCGGGAGUCAAAGAAAUGUAUGAAGAGAUCAGUGAACACUUCAGGAAGGACAUUCUGAAGCUCUGUUUACUUGGUCCAAAGGAGGAGCUUGAUAAAACAAUCAACUGCCAGCCUGCAGUUUUUAUUACAUCAUUAGCUGCUGUUGAAAUGAUGAAAGAACUGUAUCCUGAGAUAUUGGAAGGACCAACAUGCAUGGCAGGUUACAGUCUUGGUGAAAUCACAGCUUGUGUCUGUGCUGGAGUCCUGUCAUUUACUGAUGCACUGACCCUACUGAAUACCCGUGCCUAUAGCAUGCAAGAGGCGUCAGAGGAAGUGGGUAGUGGAAUGCUGACCAUGACUAUCUCUCAUCAAUCCAAGCUGGGUCUGGCAAAGGAAGCUGCCAUGAAGUUCUGCAAGUCAGAGUGUGGCAUCCUCAACCCAGUGGUGCAGACCGCCAGUUAUCUAACUCCCUACCACAAAGUGGUGGCUGGACAUAAUGAGGCUUUAGAUUUUAUAUCAGAUACAUCUCAACAGUUUGGGUUGAAAGGAUGUAAAAGACUUCCAGUCAGUGGUGCAUUCCAUACAAUGUUAAUGGACUCUGCUAGGAAGGAGAUGUACUCGACCAUCAAAAAUAUUGACGUCACAACCAAAACAAAACACAGAGUUUAUUAUAAUGUAACUGGGAAAACAACCAGUCAGGAAAAUUUCGUCAAGAAAAACUUGUGUGAACAGUUGGUUCAUCCAAUCAAGUGGGAGCAGGCAAUGCAGAGUAUAUAUGGGAGGCCCCUAGGGGAGGAGUUUCCUCAAACGUAUGAAGUGGGACCAGGGGGGCAACUUGGGUAUAUUCUUAGACUGAUCAAUAAAAAGGCUUACUCUAAUUACCGUCGGAUAGAAGUGUGAAUAAAUCACUACAAUCAC